UGAAAUAAUGCAGAGCAGCGCCUGUCACUAGUGCUCCUGGCUUGUGGCCCAGACGGGAUGCAAGACAAGAUCUUCCAAGAGAGGGCAGCCAUCAGAAUCAACGAACUCAGGCAGAACGGCCUUUGGCUCCUAUAUACAUUUUUCUUUUUUCCUUUUUAAAAUGAGCAAUCACUGGAACAAAUAAAGGGUUAAUAGGCCAGUCAGUGCCCCGCCCUGUGGGAGCCGGAGGGAGCAGGUUUGAAAGUUCCUGUGUGCAGAAGAAGAGGUUGGGGGUGGGGGGCGCUCAAUAUUUCUGCAAGGCUCCUGCACCGCCGGCGAUGCGGCGGGACCGACUGGUCGGUGCCCGGCCCGGUUCUGUGCCUAAGAGUUGGCGGUGAGCGAUCCCCGCCGCCGCCGGCCUGGGUCCGGGCUUUCCCAGCAAGGAAUCCAAAGCGAGAAGGCUGGAUGCUGCCGCCUGGGCCAGGGAGGGACUGGAAUCAGCUGGAGAGGCGUUUUGCCUCUGGGCUGUCACCCUGAAAGGCCCGGGAGUCGAGGCGGGCGAGGGCGAGAGCAGAGUUGGAGAGGUGGCUGCCGCGAGUUGCACGGGGCGUUGAGGCUUUUGCUUUCCGUUCGGUUUAUCUAGCAGACGACGAGGCGAUUUAUGCAACAGUAUCCUGUUUCGGCACUGCCAAGGCUAUGCGAGAACGCGGUCAGGACAGCCUAGCAGGACUCGUGCUGUAUGUAGGACUCUUCGGGCACCCCGGGAUGCUGCACAGGGCCAAGUACAGCCGCUUUCGCAACGAGUCCGUCACGUCCUUGGACGAAGGCAGCCCAGGAGGAUCGGUCGGGAACAAGGGCUCGCCGCAGCCUCCCUACCCCGCCCUGGCACCUCAUCUGCCGGCUGAAGAUGCCACCUUGGCGUCCCAGGAGAGCCCCACACCACUGUGCACCUUGAUCCCUCGCAUGGCCAGCGUGAAGCUGGCCAACCCAGCCACCUUGCUGAGUCUGAAAAACUUUUGCUUGGGUACCAAAGAGGUGCCCCGGCUGAAGCUCCAGGAAAGCCAGGACCCAGCUCCCAGCAGCCCGGCUUCUCCUGAAACCAGUCUAAAUAGGGCUGUGUCUGCACCUCCACCGCAGCCGGACCUGGUGGGGCACAGGGCAGCCGCCUUAACUCCAGAUGUUUGCCCCCUUCCUGGCCCUGGGGAGCCAACCCCGGGGAGCAGGCAGGACAAGCAUUUUCUGCAGCACCUGUUGGGGAUGGGCAUGAACUACUACGUGAGGUACAUGGGCUGUAUUGAAGUGCUGCAAUCAAUGAGGUCACUGGAUUUUGGAAUGAGAACCCAAGUUACCAGGGAAGCAAUCAGUCGCCUGUGUGAAGCUGUCCCUGGGGCAAACGGAGCCAUUAAAAAGCGAAAGCCUCCAGUUAAGUUCCUAUCAACAGUUCUUGGCAAAAGUAAUCUUCAGUUUUCGGGAAUGAAGAUAAAACUGACCAUCUCGACGUGCAGCCUCACACUGAUGAAUCUUGACAACCAACAGAUUAUUGCAAACCAUCAUAUGCAGUCUAUUUCAUUUGCCUCUGGAGGGGAUCCUGAUACUACAGACUAUGUUGCCUACGUAGCUAAAGAUCCAGUUAAUCAACGAGCCUGCCACAUAUUGGAAUGCCGCAAUGGAAUGGCCCAAGACGUCAUAAAUACCAUAGGGCAGGCUUUUGAACUCCGGUUUAAACAGUAUUUGAAAAAUCCUUCUUUGAAUACUUCUUGUGAAAGUGAGGAGGUGCAUCUUGACGGCCAUGCGGAGGAGAGAGAAGAUCAUGAGUAUUACAAUGAAAUCCCCGGGAAGCAGCCACCUGCAGGCGGGGUUUCAGAUGUGCGGAUCAAAGUUCAAACCCCAGAACAAAUGGCUUACUGCCCCAUACGGUGUGAAAAGUUGUGCUAUUUGCCUGGGAACUCCAAGUGUGGCAGCGUGUACGAGAACUGCUUAGAACAAAGCAGGGCAAUAGGUAAUGCACAGGAGAGAGGGGUGCAGUCCCAAGCAGACGCCUCAUCAAUGAAGCACACGUGUCGAGUGGAUCUCUUCGACGACCCCUGCUACAUUAACACACAGGCUCUUCAAAGUACACUUGGCCCUGCCCGAAAUCAAGGCUCAGCUUACCCGCUGGGGAGCCCGUGGCACCGUGAAAAAGCGCCAGAAACUGUUCAGCCAGGUGCCACGGUCCAGCCUGCCAACUCACAUUCUCUGCCACACAUUAAGCAGCAGCUGCGGAAUGAAGACUGCUACCAUGGCAAGCUGAGCAGGAAGGCAGCAGAAAGCCUUUUGGUAAAGGAUGGGGACUUUUUGGUUCGAGAGAGUGUAACAUCUCCUGGCCAAUAUGUGCUGAGUGGACUACAGGGAGGCCAGGCAAAACAUCUUCUCCUGGUGGAUCCUGAAGGCAAGGUGAGGACCAAGGAUCAUGUAUUUGAUAAUGUCGGCCAUCUUAUCAGAUACCACAUGGAUAAUAGUUUGCCAAUCAUCUCUUCUGGAAGUGAAGUAAGCCUUAAACAACCAGUGAGAAAGGAUAGUAAUCCAGGACUUUUGCAUUCCAACAAAUGACAAAAUGGAAGUACCAUCAUGCUAUUUCAAGAUAUUCCAUUUUGUGCUAGGACACAAAGAUCAUUCAAACUUGGUUUCUGGAUAAGAUAGAGAACAAACUGUGAAGUGCAUCUUUCUGAGACCGUCAUUGACUAGGUCCUUUAUACAAUGAAGAACUAACAAAAAUUGAUCUUCAGAAAGUGAAAAUUUGAAAAGGGCAAGAGGAUUGGUCCAUUUGAAAAGAAAUUAUACAUAUGCACGGAUGUCACUUUCUAAGGCCAUAUUGCAUUGAUAACAAGCUAAAAGCACAAUUAAAAUUUCACAUGCUAAAGACAACUUGAAUGAACUGCUGGGGCAGUGGUAUGUGCCUUUCAACUUGAUAAUUUGGGGACAUUUUCAUAUGGGGGAGAUUAGUUAUAAGUGUCUUCAUAUUCUAUGACUACAGAACCAUUUGCCAAAAAAAGUUUUUCCUUGUUACAAAAAUAAGAAGCAAUUUGCUUGUCAGUUAUUGACUUUAUUACAUUUUCUGUUUAGUAGCACUUUCACUGCAAUGGUAAAAUAAAUUUGACAUUGAAUUCGGACUGUGUCUGUGCCAGUGAAUCAAAUCAAAAGCCACUGAAAGCGUUGGUCUGUUUCAUUGGCCUGUCCCAGUGGCUGGUUAAAGGGUUGGGGCCCAAACUCUUUGGCCUAAUAGUUCUCAGUCUUUGCUAUGAGACUAUUUGUAAGCAGCAUGUAACAAACUGAAGAGGUCAAAUCUGUCAGUCAUUUCUGAUUUUAUCAUAUUUCUUCCUCCUUCCCCACCCUCACCAAAAAAACAGCCCAUGAGUGCAUGGAUUUAAAAGAUGGCAAACAAACGAGUGUUUUUCACAUUCAAUAUCCAAAUUGAUUCCGUUAUUAUUUAAAGUACUGAAUUUAUUUGAAAGUAUGGGGAAAUAACCUCGACUGGCUGCAACUGAGUGAUAGUCCCUCACCAACGUGUAUCCUUAGCACCUUUUCUAGAUAUCAUCAGACAAAAUGUCGAGGGAGAAAACAUAUUCAACGAAACAUUUGGAAGGUUUGCUGCAUGUGGCCGUGCUUGUAAGCCAAUAGAGUAAUUAAGUGUCGUGUAGGGAAAGCGCUGGAUUGGGGCUCAUCAAUGUGACCUUGAGCAAGUUGCUGAACAUGUCUGGAUUCCAGUUUCCUUAUUUAUAAAACAGGGGAGCUGGGCUAGGCGAAUUCAGGUCCAAUUUGGCCCUAACGUAAUACGAGUCUAUAAAAAGCAAAUUUUCCAUUUAUUAGGGGUCAGUGUUGAUAACCUGUAUAGUUAAGGUGAAGACUUCGGUUUUUUUCCUUUAGUCUGGGUCUAAACUCAAAGAACGAAUGGCACAACUGAUCAGCAUUCAGAUAGUGGAGACCCCAAGCCUUUCAGUCAAAAAUAUUGAAACUUUGGGAUAAGAUAAGCAAAUAUGGUAGAAGUGGAUUUGAUUGUUUUGAGUAGCAGAAAACUACUUCAGGCCUUUACUCACCUUUGCACAUAGAGAUAUCGCCAUUACUACAGUGUCUUUUUAUCUUGAGUUAUCUGGACAGUUGCCUUAACUCCACUUUAUUUUGGCUAUGUAGAUACAACUUAGUGUUUGUAAUUGUGAUAUAUUUCCUAAGUUUUAAGUAAAAUAUGGGAAACUUCUUUUGGAUAGAAAUCAUCAGAAAUCAAGUACACUGCUCUAAUAUUUUUAUGUAAAGGUUUAUGAUUUUAUUUUACUUCUACUGCCAUUAAUUUCUCAGAUAGCUUUGUUUCCUUUUAUACAACUAGGAAAUAAUGUAUUUUUCAUCAAUUUUGCAUACACCUUAGUUAUGGGUGAUCUAAUCACCUUUAUCAGAAACAGAGCAGAGCUGUGGUCGCAGUCUGGUUGAGCAGAGUGUUAACUGGGUAGCAAGAAAGCGUUCCUGAUACAAAUAGACCCAGAGAGUAUAAAUGAUGUGAGCAGGACACGUCAUGGAUAAGCAGUAUUUGACUAUAAUGGUAUAGGGGUUGGCUGAGCAAAUACUGCACUUACAAAUACCACAGACACAGUAAAAACAAAAUGAAAUCAUAAAAGAAGUGUUUGAUUGCAUGCUGUUUUAAUGACACACUCUUAUCUUCAUCUGUCUUAACGUGGAAAUUCAUUUGCCUAUAAAUACCUGUAAAUGACUUUUCAAAAAAAAAUAAAUGAUUCUUGC